AUGACUGAAGAAAAAAUUCCUUUUAAUAAACAACUUAGGCUUGUUACUAGAGAAAUACAUUCUGUUAGUGAUAUGUUAGUCAAUGGGAAAUUAGCUUUUGCAUUAUCUGCUAAUGAUGUUUGGGCUGAGGGUCUUCUUGUAUUUUAUGAAAUUUUUCGAUACUUGGAAGAAGCUAUGGAUCGGCAUAAAGAAGAAAAUUUGGGGAAAAUGUCAGUUGAAGGUAUACUGAGAACAGAAGCUUUCGAGAAAGAUUUAAUUCAUUACCUCGGUAGUGAUUGGAAGAAAACCUAUAAUAUUCGUCCUGCUGUUGCAAAAUAUUUAUCUCAUUUACAAUCUCUCGAAAGAGAAAAUCCAGACUAUUUGAUUGCUUAUGUCUACCACCUUUACAUGGGCCUGCUCUCUGGAGGGCAGAUAUUAAAACGUAAAAGAAUGGUGAUGAAGAAAUUCAAGUUCAGUAAAUCUUCUGAAGAAGGUGAAAAUGUGACAAACUUUGGUGACCACAAUAUUUAUAACAUGAAAUGUAACAUUGUUAGCAAUGUAAACGAAAUCGCUGAGCAUUUGGAUGAGAAAACAAAAGAUAAGAUAUUAGAAGAGAGCAAAAAUGUGUUUUUGUUGAACAAUGAGAUAAUCAACACUAUAGAAGGCACUGGAGCAAUUCUUAUGAAAAAGAUGUUAAUAUUUUUUUCUAUAUGUUUUGCUAUAAUUCUCAUUUUUUUUUAUUUUCGUUAA